UUCUUGCUUCAUAUGUUGUUGGCUAUUUUCAUUAUUUUAUUUUUCUGACAAUAAGAUAUCGAUUUUAUCUGUAGGUUGAUGGUUCCAGUCCUUCUCCAGAGUCCAAGAGAAGAAAAAUUCAGAGGUUUAUCACUGCCAUGUCUGAAAAUGGGCUGCCUAGUUUUGAAACAUCAGACCUAGAGAAGGGAUCAAUGAAACCUGUCCUAGAUUGCCUUUUAGCUCUCAAAGAACAUUCAAUGCCAAAUUUUGGUGGCUCAGUUCUGAAAGCUGUGGAUGAAAGGCGGAAGUCAGACUCAAAGUUUCAACGUGCAUGUAGUCCACUUUCACCAGAAUCACCAACUAAGCUACUGCAUGGUGGAAAUAAGCUCCAUGAAGUGUUUCAGAUGAAACAAGGAUUUUAUACUGAUCUUUCUGCUGCGAAAAUAUCAGAAAUGUUAAAGUCAAAUAGCUUAGAUAAUGCUCCAACUCAGUCACUUUUGAGUGUUAUCAAUGGAAUUCUGGAUGAAAGCAUAGAGAGAAAAAAUGCUGAAAUACCUCAACGUGUAGCAUGUCUUUUAAGAAAAGUUAUGCUGGAGAUAGAGAGACGAAUAGCAACUCAAGCAGAACAUUUGCGCACUCAAAGCAAUGUUUUUAAGGCACGAGAAGAAAAAUAUCGGUCUAGAAUUAAAGUGCUUGAAGCCCUUGCCAAAGGGACCAGUGAGGAGAGUGAGAUUGUUAUGAACCAGCUCCAGCAUAUAAAGUCUGAGAAAAGCAAGAUGGAGGAGAAGAAAAGGUUUGAACAACAGGAAGCUACCAAGUUACAGAAACAGAAGGACGAAAAUAAUCUUGAGGUCUCAACACUCAGAAAGGAGCUGGAAUUGGCCAAAAGAAUGCAUGAACUGCGCUACAUGGAAUUGGAGACACAGGCCAAACUGGAGAGAUUUGACUUAGAAAAGCGGUUAAAGGAGCAAGAAAAACUUCUAGAAGAUUCAAAGGUUAAGGAAGAAGACCUUGUUGAAAUCUCAUCACUAAAACAGGAGCUGGAAAUGGCCAAAAAAACAAAUGAAAUCCAUAGUUUGCAGCUUGAAAGUGAGGCCAAAUUGGUAAAAUCUGAAUUGGAGGAAAGGUUAAGGAAACAAGAGCAGCAUCUGGAAGAUUCAAAGGUCAAAAUCAAAGAACUUGAAAUGAGUUGUGAGACGAAACAUCAUAGAUGGAGCAAGAAGGAGCAUGUAUAUGAAGCCUUUGUGAAGAUUCAGUGGUCUGGCUUACAGGAGCUUAGGUGCUCUUCAGAUAACAUCAAGCAAGAAAUGUUGUUGUCACAGAGGACCUACCUGGAGGAAUUGAACCAUGUAGGUACAAAGCUGAAAGAUUUAGCGAAAGCAGCUCAGAGUUAUCAUGAAGUUUUUAAUGAAAAUCGCAAAUUAUUUAAUGAGCUUCAGGAUUUAAAAGGUAGUAUUAGGGUAUAUUGUCGAGUAAGACCACUCCGUCCGUGGGAGAAUCAAAAGCAAACAAUCUUAGAGAACAUUGGGGAACAUGGAGAAUUGACUGUUGCAAAUCCUGCCAAACCAAACGAUGCUCAAAAAUCAUUCAGAUUCAAUAAGGUUUAUGGUCCUAUGGCUACUCAAGCUGAGGUUUUCUCUGAUACUCAACCAUUGAUACGAACCAUUCUUGAUGGGUACAAUGUUUGCAUAUUUGCUUAUGGUCAAACUGGCUCUGGAAAAACAUACACAAUGAGUGGACCGGAUAAUGCAUCUAAGGAGGAUUGGGGGGUCAAUUACCGUGCUUUAGAUGACCUUUUCCAAAUCUCUGAAGACAGAAAGAGCUUUUUUUCCUAUGAGAUAGGAGUUCAAAUGAUUGAAAUAUAUAAUGAACAAAUUCGGGAUUUACUCUCAAAUGACGGUUCACAAAAGAAAACACUAGGGAUUUUAGCCACUCCUCAACCGCAUGGACUUGCUGUCCCAGAUGCAAGUAUGCAUCCAGUCAGAUCCACUGAAGAUGUCAUUGAAUUGAUGGAAAUUGGACUAUCAAACAGAUCCGUUAGUUCUACUGCAAUGAAUGAAAGAAGUAGCCGUUCGCACAGUGUUGUCACCAUUCAUGUUCAGGGAACAGAUUUAAAAUCUGGAGCAACUUCACAUGGCAGUCUUCAUUUGGUAGAUCUUGCUGGUAGUGAGAGAGUUGACAGGUCUGAAGCAACUGGGGAUAGGUUGAAGGAAGCACAACACAUCAACAAAUCACUAUCUGCUCUCGGGGAUGUUAUCUUUUCACUUUCUAAGAAAAAUCCCCAUGUACCAUACAGAAAUAGCAAGCUUACGCAGGUUCUUCAGGCCUCUUUAGGUGGUCGAGCAAAAACACUUAUGUUUGUUCAGAUUAAUCCUGACGUGAAUUCGUACACUGAAUCAUUAAGCACCUUAAAAUUUGCUGAAAGGGUGUCUGGUGUUGAGCUAGGUGCUGCACGGAGUAAUAAAGAGGGAAGAGAUGUCAGAGAAUUAAUGGAUCAGGUGGCAUCUCUCAAAGAUACAAUAGCUAAAAAAGAUGAGGAGAUUGAACGAUUACUGAAAGAUCCCAGAAGUCCAAUUUCAAGGCGGAGCUUAAGCUCCUUGAAGAAUGGAUCUUUAUCGCCAUCAACAAAGUCCAUUGGAAGUAGUCCUCAGCGAAGUCCAAAAGUAUCUAAUGUUAGACGCAUGGGAAUUCGUACAAAAUCAGCUUCUGAUCAGGAUGGAGUUUUAAAGUAUUAUGAUCCUAGUGUCUUAUCCAUACACGAAGAUGAAAAUGAAGGAUUACGAGCAUCAUGGUCCAUGAAUGACUUAAACGACCAAAAGGAUUCUCCCCGGCUACCAAAGAACUCUGGUGGGACUUCAAUGGUUGAUGAUGUGAUUGGUAUGGGGGACUCUAGUAAUGAUGACAGAUUGAGUGAAAUAUCUGAUGGUGAUCUCUCUGUUGGAACAGACAUCGAUGGCACUUACGAAGCAAGCUCUUCACAUGAGGCAACCAAACCAUCAAAUAGUGCAGAGAAGCGAGGAGAAAAACCAAGAAUGCUUGCAAGGACUUCUCAACCAUCUAGGUUAGCAACAGCCAGAAAAGCAGCCGGUAUCUCCCGUUUGUCAGAAGUAAAGUCCACCCUAAGAGCAGCUUCUGCUUUGAAAAAACCUGCUAGUGCAAGCUCUUCUCCUGUUGAUUCAGUCAGUGGCCGAAGACGAGUGUAGGUUAGUCAAAAACAGUAAUACUUCCUUAGGAAAUAAAUAAAUAAAUUUAUGCACAGUUCAACAUUUUUUGUGUGCCAUAAUACUCUUUGAGUUACUAGAAGUUUUAUGGUUGGUUUUUGUUUUCUUUUUUUCUUGAUUUUUAUAAUAUUUUUAACAUUAGUCCAACAUUUUCUUUAUACUUUGUUCUCAUGUCUUGUAAUCUGUCAUUCUUUAUCCAUGUUAUCUGGUACUGGCAAGAAGCAAUUUUGUGCCAAUUUAAAUGAAAGUAGAGGAAAGCUUUCUUUCACUAUGAGGCAAACAAUUCUCAAUGGCCCCUUUUCCUGGGUAAUGAAAGUAGUUGUACCUUUAUGGUUACUUGUAGAGUUGUAGAUGAACUCGUGCAAUUAUGGUUUAUUUACGCUUUUGUUUGAUUAGCAUUUGUGGAGGAAAAAAAAGGGAGGGAAAUGGAGGAAAGGAAUGAGAGAUGAAUUGGCUCGUCUCAAUAAUAAUGGAGGCCACGUAAAAUAACAACAAAAAGUGGGCACUUGGCCUAUAAAUUACAGUAAAUGAAAAUUCUAUGUAUUUUUUUCUUUGAAUAUUACAGUUCACUUUGGUUUUAUUUUUUUAAUGGAUUUUAUUACAUAUUGUUUGCAAAAUUUAAGAAGGUGCUAAUUAGGCAUUCAAUCUAUUGCUCAUCUAUAAAAAUAUAAAUAACAAACAAUUUAAAGAUUUUAUCAAUAUUGAAACUUGAACAAAAAAAAGUUAGUCAUAUAAGUAUAUAAUACUUCAUACUCCUUAAGUUGUUAUUUGGGUUGAGUUAUCUGUAAAAGAGAAGAGUGAUUAAAAAAAAAAAAAAAAAAUCAAAGAAUUUUAGAAUUGAACGUAUGAUUACUAAAACACCUAAACUUUAAGAUUACAUUUGUAGAUCACUGGGCCUUUACUUUAAUUAUGUCACAAUAUUGAAGCACUUAUUACAUAUUCACU